AUGGGCUUCUUCUCCCACCAAUACAUUGCCCGCCGCAGCGUGGAAAUCGCCGCCCUCGCCGCCCGACAGACGUCCGACAGCGACGAUGAUGAAGAUCAGGAAGCGGGACAAAAGGAGAUAUAUUCCUCAUGGGCGCUCUUAAUCCUCAUCACCCUCCUCAUCCUGGCCUUCUUCACCAGCUAUCUCCUGCGCUCCAAGAAGAUCCAGGCGGUGCACGAGACGGUCAUUUCCAUCUUCGCGGGAAUGGUCAUUGGCUUGAUUCUGCGCCUGACGACGGUGGAGACGGUGCUGGAUGCCGUCACCUUUGACUACCAAUUCUUCUUCAACCUCGUCCUGCCGCCCAUCAUCCUCGCCAGUGGAUAUGAGCUGCAUCAGGCCAACUUCUUCCGCAACAUCGGCAGUAUCCUCACCUUUGCCUUUGCCGGAACCUUCAUCUCCGCCAUCGUCCUCGGCGUCAUCCUCUACGUCUGGACGAGAAUUCCCCUCGAAGGCCUGACCAUCACCUUUGUCGAGGCCCUUUCCGUCGGAGCCACGCUUUCUGCCACUGAUCCCGUCACCAUCCUCGCCAUCUUCAACACCUACAAAGUCGACCCCAAACUCUACACUGUCAUCUUCGGCGAGAGCAUCCUCAACGAUGCCAUUGCCAUUGUCCUGUUCGAGACGGCCCAGAAAUACAAGGCGGGUGAAGAGGGAGGCAGUUUGACUUUAUUAAGUCUGGUGGAGAGUAUUGGCAUCUUCUUGCUCAAUUUCUUUGGAAGUCUCAUCAUUGGCAUUGUCUUUGGUAUUGCCACCAGUCUGCUGUUGAAGCUCACCCACGUCCGCCGCGAUCCCAAGACUGAGAGUUGUCUCAUCUUCCUCAUCGCCUACGCCUCCUACUUCUUCGCCAAUGCCAUUCACAUGAGCGGAAUCGUCGCCCUCCUCUUCUGCGGCAUCUGCCUCAAACACUACGCCUACCACAACAUGUCCCGUCGCACCCAACUCACCACCAAAUUCGUCUUCUCCCUCAUGGCGCAAUUGAUGGAAAACUUCAUCUUCAUCUACCUCGGUUUGUCCCUCUUUACGGAGAGGGUACUGGAAUACAAACCCCUCUUCAUCCUCAUCACCAUCAUUGGGAUUUGUGCCGCGAGAUGGUGCGCCGUUUGGCCGCUGGCUGCCUUGAUCAACUGGUUCAUCCGAUACCGUGCACGACGAAGAGGGCAAGAAAGUGUGGCCGAAGAGAUUCCUUGGAAUUGGAAAGUCAUGCUCUUCUGGGCGGGUUUGAGAGGAGCGGUCGGUGUUGCACUCGCAGCCGGUCUUUCCGGUGCGAAUGGAAAAGCAUUGCGAGCGACCGUCUUGGUCGUAGUUGUCCUAACCGUCAUCAUCUUCGGAGGCACCACCGCCCGCAUGCUCGAAAUCCUCAACAUCCGCACUGGAGUGGUCGAGGAAAUCGAUUCCGACGAUGAAUUCGACAUUGAACCCGUCCCCCACGGACCAGGAGCGUACGCGAGAAAGAACGGAGCCGCUUUCGGGCAUGUUCCGAGGAGUAGUGGGAAUGGCUAUGCAAGAGGAGGAGGCAUCGGUCUGGAUGAUGUACAUGAUCAUCAUCGUCCACGAGCCGGCACCGCGAGUUAUAAUUCCGGGAGUAAAUCCCCCCUGUACGGCCCCCCGGAACUGGAACGGCGAAAUAGUUCACGAGUGCGAAGAGAUCAGAAUGCCGCCGAGAGGGGAUUAUUAGUCCAGGAAGGUGGAGAGUCAGGAUGGUUGAGUGAUGGGGAUGAAGACGACGAUGAUAUGGAUUUGGAUUUACCUCCCGCUGCCAAACGAGCACAGAGCAGUUCUGUUGGUGGCGGAGGAGGAUGGAAUGGUGGUGGGGAGGAGAGUAGUGCCGCAUACCCCCAAUCGGGACACAGAACGGACCGGCAGGAAGAACGUGGACAUUUAACGGCACGAGGAGCGAUUACUUCGCUGCUGAAUGCUACGAGUGAGGAUGCGGGGACGUUGUUCAAUAAAUUGGAUGAGAAUUUCUUGAAGCCGCAUUUGUUGUUGGAUCCGGGUGGGAGUGGUGGGAGUGGAAGUGGGAGUGGUGGUGGAAGUGGUGGGGGAAAGGGACAUGAUCGAGGAGGAGGGGGUGUUUAG